UGGAAAGGGACAUUCUUCCCACUGACCACCAUAGAAAGGGACAUUCUUCCUACUGGCCACCAAUGAAAGGGACAUUCUUCCCACUGACCACCAUGGAAAGGGACAUUCUUCCCACUGACCACCAUAGAAAGGGACAUUCUUCCUACUGGCCACCAAUGAAAGGGACAUUCUUCCCACUGACCACCAUGGAAAGAGACAUUCUUCCACUCACCACCAUGGAAAGGGACAUUCUUCCCUCAGUGAUGCCUGUCAAUGCCCAUCAGUGCAACCUACCAGUGCCUCCUCAUCAGUGCCCAUCAGUGCCACCUAUCAGUGUCCAUCAGUGCAGCCUAUCAGUGCCCAUCACUACAGCCUCAUUAGCGCACAUGAAUCUGCACUGAUAAUCAAGGCACUGAUCAGUGCCCUGAUCAUCACGGCCCAUCAGUGCCACCCAUCAGUGCUGCCCAGCAGUUGCGUCCAUCAGUGCCGCCCAUCAGUGCUGUCAGUGUUGCCAAUCAGUGCCGCCUAUCAGUACCCAUCAUUGCUGCAGAUCAGUGCA